UUGUUCAGUGUUCAGGAUGCUGCCUGCAAUCAUACCUGGUGACUCAUAAAUUGUGUUGAAAAAUUGAAUAAAAAAUGUGUUGGGCACAAGCGAGGCCGCUGCGCUCCUCACUCGGCCAUGGCGUCGGAAGCGCACGGCCGAUGUGGCGAGCGCCUGCUGCGCCGCUUCUCGAUGAUGCUGGAGGAGCACAGCGGCCGGCUGGGGGAGUUGACCGGCUCGGCGGCCGCCGCCACCGGGCGGCCGCUGCUGCUGAGCGCCGGGCCACGCGAGAGCAGCGUGCUGCCGCGACUGGCGGCUACCGAGAACCGUCUGCUGACCAAGGUGCUGCUGGCGCUGACGGCCGUCUGCUCGGAGGCCGGCCUGCUGGAACGCGAGGCGCGCCGCGAGCUGGAGCCGGCGCUGCUCUUGUACGGCGAGCCGGGGCCCGCGGACGGCGUGCCGGAGAUACAGGCGGCGCGGCUGCUGCCCACACUGCUGCGGCUGCUGGCGCUGCGCGGCCGCUGUCGCCAGGUGGUUGGCAACCUGCUGCAGCAGCUGGCGGCGCUGCACGAGCCGGCGCGACGCCGCCUCACCACCGUCGGCUUCCACGUCCAGGUGGCCUUCGAGCAGCUGGGCCACCUGCUGGCGGCACUGGCGCGGCUCGACCAGAUCAUGGCUCGCCACGCCCUAAUCCACGAGCACUGCGCUCUUUACGGGCAGCUGGUGCGCCGCGCCCGUAGUCGGCCACAGCUGUACGGCCUGGAUGUGCCGCGGGUGGCGCUGUUGGAGCGCUUACUGCGCGACCUGGAGGCGCGCGUGCUGUCGGCCACCCUGCUGGAGACGGCACUGGACCAGCCGCCAGCUGUGCUUGCCGACCGCGAGCUCCGUGACGAGUUUCUGCUGACGGUCAGUAACCUGCUGCUGGCUCUGGAGCAGGACGACCCGGACUCGGAGGUGCCAGACCUGGUGGGCAUGGCCGCGCUGGUGGCACUGCACGCGCGGCUGGCACGCUCGGCCGAUGCCAAAACGGUGAAGCGGUUGUGGGCGGCCGGCCGGCGGCUUCCGCCUGUGCUGCUAGGUGGUGGGCUCGUAUGGAGCUUGGACACCUUUCUGGCGAAUCACCUGCCCGGCUUUGACCAGAUAGUGGAUAGGCGCACGAGGGAUGCGGCGGCAAGUGCGGCGGUGGCCGCUUUGACUUCGGCGGUAGCCGGUCUUCCGCGCGCUGUCUGCCAACAAACUGUGCAAGUGGUCGCCUGGAGUGCGCAGCUGAUGGCGCGCCGUAGCGACGACCCGGCGCAGACGACGGCCGCCAGCGUGGCCGACGGGCUGGCACUGCUGCGGCGCGGACUGGCGCUGGCGCUGCAGGUGCGCGACGCGGCCCGUCAGCUGCUGGAGUUGCACGCGCACACGGGCCGGCCGCUGCCGGCGGCCACUGCCGUGCUCGUCUGUCGCCAGCUGGAGCUGCUGAAGGCGCUGCUCUCGGCUGCCGAGCAGGCAGAGCCGUGGGUGCGUCAGACGGCCUGGUGUGCUGCGCGUCACGCCCAAUUCCGUGCCGUGCGCGCGGUCGCAGCCGUGCGCGCCCGUGUGGCUACCGACAAAAAGCUGUUGGCCGAGCGGUUAGACCUAGUCUCCGGUCUGGAGACGGCUGCGCGCGCCAUCGGCGGCCCGGCCACGCGUCAGCGGCACCUGCUGGCGCGCCUGUCGUUGUCGCUCUGUACGCAGCCCGGCGUGUUUCGGGACGGCGAGCUGGGCCAACUGGCCGAGCUGCUGCGGGGCGUCCAGCUGGCCAGCCGGCUGUGGCAGCGGCUGUGCGCCGCCGCACACUGCGACUUCGUGUACUGGUCGCGGUCGCUAGUGCCGGCUUACCUGCGGGACGCGGUGGCGCGGCCGGACGACUGGUGCCGGCUGCAGCUGAUGUGCGCCGCGCUCGUUGACGCCGCUAGCCUGCUGCGCCGCGGCCGACACUUGGCACCCGACCGCCUGGUGCGCGCUUACGAGCACGAGCUAGGGGCAGCGCUGCGGGCCGCGCUGCUGGAGCCACUGUGCGCCCAGGUGGAAACGGAGUUGCGCUUGGACGUGCACUCGCACCUGCAGCUGGCCGACCGGAACCCGUUCAAGGUGGGCCUGCGCGACCGGCGCCUGCUGCUGCGGGCGGCGCCGCUGCCGCUGGUCGCCGGCCGCCUCAGCGUGCGUCGUUACUGCGAGCGCUACCUGGAGCGCACCUUCUACCACCUGACGGCCGUGGCGCAGCACGACUGGCGCACCUACGCCGAGAUGAGACGCCUAGCGCGACACAGGUACGGCCUGGAGACAACGGAGCCGCACCUGCCCGGCCAGACGCUCGAGCAGGGCCUCGACGUGCUGGAGGUGAUGCGCAACAUUCAUGUCUUCGUGGCGCACUACGCGUACAACCUCACCAACCAGUUCUUCGUGGAGCGGUGCAGCAACAACAAGCAUCUGAACACGCUCGGUAUAUCGCACCUGGCCAACUCGAUCCGAACUCACGGCACAGGCGUCAUCAACACCACUGUCAACUUUACGUACCAGUUUCUGCGCAACAAGCUGAGCGUCUUGUCACAGUUCCUGUUUGACGAGCAGAUCAGCUCGCGACUGGCGUCCGACGCGCCGCUCGGCGCCGGGCCCUAUGAAUACCAGCGCGCCGAGCGAUUUGAGCGAGCCAUCCGUGGUCUAGGCGUGAGUGGAGACGGCCUCAGCUACCUGGGCCGGUGUCGCCAGCUGGUGACGCAGAUCGGCGGCGCGCUGGGCUUCGUGCGUCUGGUGCGCUCGGGCGGCCUGCACUGCGCCAGUGGCGCGCUGCAGUUUGUCCCGGACCUGGCGCGGCCGGGCGAGUUGGGCGCCGCCGCCGAGCGGGCGCGGCUCGGACCCACCGGCCGCGCCGCCGCCCACACGCUGGACACCUGUCUCGCCGACUUGACGGGCAAUGGCGUGCAGAACAUGGAUUUUUUCCAUUUGCUGGAAGAGGCGCUGGCGCCGGCCCUGCGCCACCAGCGAAAUGUGCACCUGCGCGCCUUCCACCUGCUCGUGCCGCCGCUUUGUAUCAACCACGUGCAACACGUGCUGGAGGCCAAAGAGCGGCUGGUUAAGGGCACGCGCGCCGGAGCGCUCUUCACUGAGGACGGGUUCGCCAUGGGCGUGGCGUUUCUGCUGAAGCUGCUGGCUUUGGACGGUGCGUUUGACGCGCUGUACUGGUGGCGGACGGUGCGCGCGCGCUGCCAGGCCCAGCUGGCGGCCGCCGUGCGCCAGGCAGACGGCGCCGACGCGCAGCUGCAGCACGCCGUGGGCCUGACCCUGACACGCCUGCGCCGCUCCCAGACCGAGUACGACCUGCUCUUCUACAACAUGGCCGCGGCGCGCGUCUUCUUCCGAGAGGCUGCCGCCGUCUGAGAGCGGCCGGCCGCCGUCUGAGAGCGGCCGGCCGCUGCGCCGGUACGGUGGUCCUCAUGGCAACAGUCGGCAAUAGGCUGCCUAGGUGCGCUGUAUUGAAGGUUCGAAUGGACCCGGGGGGUGCGGAGGGGGCUUGUGUGUAAUCCUACGCAGUGCGUGCGAAUCACAUUUAGCAUGCUGGUGGCCUUCGCAUGAAUUGUAAUCACACAAGUUGAAAUAUCAAUUAACUGGUGAUAUUGUUUAACGCCUAUUGAUGAACUUGCUAUUAAUGACGCGGUUGUUGCUAUAAUAUAUGCACUAUGCAGGUUGUCCCAAAA